AUGGGUAGCUAGAGAGGAGGAAGGGAAGUGGAUAGAACCAGAUCUAAUGAACCAGUGAUAUUAACCAAACCAUGGCAAAAGAAAGGCCUCGUUCGGCCUGGUGGUUCCCAGAAUGUAGCUUACAGCGCGCAUUAAAAUACAAUGAUUACUUGAUCACCGGCCCCUCGGAGGGCCAUUCCUGUUUGUGCCCUGUAAGUGGACCGCCCCGCAGGAAGAUGGGGGAGAGAGGGUUCAUAUCUUGCAGAGAAAUUGUGCGAGAAAGAAGAUCCAGAUUUCUGGUACCUCCUCCGUCGGCAUCAUCGUCGUCAACGGUGGAGGGGAGGGGACAGGACAGGACAGGAGAGAAUAAGAAGACAAGGUACCGAGGAAGACAAUUAUUUUUCUCACGCAUAAAGUCUUAAAAGUUCGAUUCUAGGGCUCAGGACAGUUCGAUUCCAAUCGAAAGACAGGAAAAGAUAACUCUUAAAAGUAAGACAAUAUUAACUCACGCAUGUUGGGAGGAGGCGGCGGUCGCGCAUCUCACACGUGCAAAAACCCGUGGGGGCGAACACACGAUUAGAGGGACGAACAAGGAGUCCUGAUAACUUCUGUGAAUCGCUGGGUGGAGGGUUCGUCGAGACGCGUUUCCAGUCCACCAGCCGCUUAAGGAACUCCAUGACCUGCAUGGCCCAUAAGUCAUUAAAUAACCUAGAGACAGAAAGCGGGUCUCGGCCCACGAUCCACCGACAAACCCAACUGGUGAUCCCCUAG